CGAUGGUUGAUCAGAGAGGACGACGAGACGAAGCAGCGGACAAAAUGUGUUCAACUUCCCCGGCACAGUGUGUAAAGUUCAUAUACGGAAGCCUAUCCAUGGAUGUGCUGAUUUAAACACCCUGAACAAGGUGUUUUUCUCCUCGUAUUUCCAUUUCUACACCGAGGGGGCUUCAGCAACACACGUCGGACGUCGAGGAGAUUUUUUUUUUCCUCAUGUGUGCAGCAGCAACAGGUUAUUUACAGUUUAGCACACACUCCAACGUGCAGCUUUAACCCAGUGGUUGUUAGAUCAGUGUUAACUUUUCGUGGAUGCUGUUGUUUCACUCUUUUCCGUGCAUUCAAAGCGAUGUGUGCCGACCACAGAUCCUAACAAGGCUGAGCAGCAGGCUUUAAAAGGAGGGCGACCACAGAAAGGAGGAUGCCAUAGAUAAGCUAAUAGAGCUAAUUAAACAUCGCUGGGGUGAUUAGCAUUGAUCCUGCCACACACAGACACACAGAUCUGCAACACAGCUGCUGUUGGUGCAGGGGAUUUUUUUUUUCUUCCUGCAUGCAUAGAUGGUGCCAAACAAGUGGACCAUGAAUUCAGUUCUGCACAAAUCACCACCAAGGAGCUGGCUUGGACUCAGACUACGAAUCAAUGACAAGCCCGUCCAGGAGGAGGACUGGGUGGUGUGCCAGCACCCCGAGUGUCACGAGCGCCGGAGGGCCUCCAAGGUUUGCCACCACCCAGACUGCCAAGACCUGAAUAACAAAAGCCCCCUUCACCUGUGCGAGUCAUGUGACUCACGCAGCCACUCGGAGAACACAGACAACAUGCACUUUGACCGGCACCCCCGCUUUGACUUACAACCUCAAGCCUCCAUCCUGGCUCGGAACGUGUCGACGCGCUCCUGUCCCCCCCGCACCAGCCCCCCCUCCGACCUCGAGGAAGAGGAAGAUGGGAGCAAUGACCGCGGGGAGCGUAAAACGGGGGGAAUGAAGUUGAAAAAGAAACCACGGAGACGACACACUGAUGACCCCAGUAAGGAGUGCUUCAGCCUCAAGUUUGAUCUCAACGUGGACAUAAACACGGAAAUUGUACCGGCAAUGAAAAAGAAAACCCUGAGAGAGGUUCUGGGUCCAGUUUUUGAGAGGAACGGCAUUGAGCUGUGCCGGGUCGACCUGUUCCUGGAUCAGUCCAACACGCCGCUGUCACUCAACUUUGAGGCGUACCGUUUCGGAGGACAUUACCUCAAAGUGAAAGCACGUGUAGGGGAUGAGCUGAAGGUGGAGCAGGGGGUGAAGGACUUGCGGUCGCUCAGCCUGCCCAACAUGAAGCCCUCUGAAGGUCAGAGCCCGUACAUCCUCGCCCCGGGCAGCGAGAGGGUGGAGCACGGCUCCCUGGGACGCAAAGAAAACGUGGAUCUGUUGGGUCAGGCUCGACGGAGAAAGAACAUGACCGAGUUCCUGGGAGAAGCGAAUAUUCCCAUCCCCGAGGCUCUGGGGGGGUUGGGCUCCCUGCCCGGCAUCGGGGCCGGGCCUGACAGCUGGAAGAACCGAGCCGCCAGCCGCUUCAGUGGCUUCUUCAGCUCCAGCGCUGGGACGGGGGCCUUCGGAAAGGAGGCGGACCGUCUGGAGCAGCUCCAGAGCAAACUGCACUCCUACAUGACGUUCGGGCUCCCCAAGGUGCCGCAGCAGCUCUCCUUCAACCAGGACUCCUGGGAGGAGGAGGAGGAGGAGCAGGAGACCAACCUGGUGCUGGAGGACAGCUGGCAGAUGCUGCUGGACGACUCUGAGACGUUGACCCGGCGGCAGUUCCACCAGCAGGAGGCGAUCUGGGAGCUGCUGCAGACCGAGGCCACCUACAUAAAGAAACUCCGAGUCAUCACUGAUCUGUUUCUGUGUGGGCUGCUGAACCUGCAGGACAGCGGGCUGCUGACGGAGGUGGAGCCCACCAAGCUGUUCAGCAACAUCCAGGAGCUCGUGGUUCUGCACACCGCCCUGUGGAACUCCGUCAUGCUGCCCGUCCUGCAGAAAGCCCGGCAGAACCGCGCGCUGCUGGACCCCUCAGACCUGCACCAGGGCUUCCAGACGUUUGGCUCCAGGUUCCAGCCGUACAUCCGGUACUGCAUGGAGGAGGAGGGCAUCAUGGAGAACAUGCGCACGCUGCUGCGGGACAACGAUCUGUUCAGGACCUACGUCACGUGGGCAGAGACUCAUAAGCAGUGCAACCGCCUGAAGCUGAUCGACAUGUUGGCCAAGCCUCACCAGAGACUGACCAAAUACCCCCUCCUGCUGACGAGGGUCCUGAAGAAGACGGACGACCCGUCGACACGGGACAAAGUCAACAGCAUGGUGGCGGCAGUGGAAGGCUUCAUCAACAGCGUGGAGUCGAAGAUGAGACAGCGCCAGGAACAACAGAAUCUGGCCACCAUUUCUGCCCGAAUAGACUCCUACGAGGCUGUGGAGGGCAGCAGUGAGGAGGUGGAGAAGAUCCUCAAGGAGUUCAACCGCUUCGACCUCAUGGCUCCCAUGAGAGGAGUUUCCCCGGAGGAGACCCGACAGCUGCAUCUGGAGGCGCUGAAGAUGAAAGAGGGCAAAGACAGCCGAAUGGACGUCCACUGUGUCCUGUUCACUGACCUGCUGCUGAUCACCAAGUCGGUGAAAAGAGUGGAGAAAGUGAAGAUCAUCCGUCAGCCUCUGCUCAUUCAAAACGUCGUCUGUAAGGAGCUCAAAGACCCUGGCUCAUUCAUCCUCAUCUACCUCAAUGAGUUUAAGAGUGCAGUGGCAGCUUACACUUUACAAGCCAACAGCGCCACCCAGGGGCGAAGCUGGAUCGAUGCAAUCUGCAACGUCCAGAACCAGCUCCAGAGGCUGCGCACGGAGGAGGUACUCCGGCAGCAGAGUAGCAAGAAGAGGUGUACGGGCGAGGAAGAGGAGGAGGAGGAAGAUGAGAGCAGCAACUCAAGCUCCCCCUGCCUGAUGCACAAAACCAUCUCUCCUCUCAGCCAAUCAGAUGGCUCCACUGAGACCCUGUCAGUGAUGGACAUCGAUGAACCGAGCGAACAGCCCCCAGCCCCCAACAUGAACCUGGAGGAGUCCGGUGAGAAAGACUCGGACGUGGAUCCCCUCUCUGAAAGGUCUGAGGUCGAGCAGUCCACUCUCAGAGUUCACUCCAGUGUUUACUGUGAUGAGGAGACGGACCCCCAGAACCGCUCCCUCUCCAUGGACAGCGCCUACGGUACCCUCUCCCCCGAAUCCCUCCUGGGAGAGCCUCAGCCCGGCCAGACUGAAGGAGAGGAGGAGGUGGAGGAGGCAGAAAUAGAUGAGAUAGAAGAGGAGGAUGAGGAGGAUGCGGCCUCUUUAGGGUCUCAGAUUUCAGUGAUCCAGUCCUCCAGACCCCGCCGGCGGCCUCACGUUCAGCCCCGACUCCACUGCCUCCAGAGGCUCUCCACCCUGACUCUCUCCCGCUCCGAGGACAAUCUGCUGCAACGCCUCUACGGUAAAACCCAAACAACGGACACACACAGCUCUCAGGGGCCGGACCAAUCAGAACGCAGGGUCGCAUCGCCGCUGGCUCACAGCAGAAGUCUGACGGAGCUCGGACAAAACUGCCUGGAGAUGUUUUCCAGCGACAUCGACCGGUCUGAAGACUGCUUGAGCGCCACCUCAAAUAAACUCUCUGCCACCCUGAGGAGAGCGGAGGUGAGGCAGGCCCCCGCCACGCCCCCUGGUGAGUGUGAGGAGCCCCAAAACAACAGCUCAGACGGGGAAACGGCGCCACCUGCCUGCGUAGAAAGGAUAAAGGACACGACAGCCCCCAGUGAUUCGGGGGAGAUGUCGCCUAAAAAGAGGAAAUCUCCGGUCCAGCAGCACAAGAAGCUGACGCUCGCUCAGCUGUAUAGGAUACGCACCACUCUGGUCCUCAACUCCACACUCACUGCAUCGUAA